GAAUCUUCUGUCAGAUAAGGUCUAUGUUUUGUGGAGGUGGAUGAGAUUAAUCAGCAUCAUGGACAUUAAGCACAAACAAGCCUGCAUCAAAGUGGAGCAGGCCACUCAACGUAUUACACAAGCAUUACAGGAUCCAGUCUCAGGGAUUAAAAAAGAAGAGGGCAGUGAUUGGUAUGGAGAUUACAAGCAAUCUGUGGAGGGAACUGACCCCAGAACAGAAGAGACCAUUCCUUCAUCUGCAGACAUUAAAACGGAACUGCUGCAGGAUCCAGUCUCGGGGAUUAAAAAAGAAGAGGGCAGUGAUUGGUAUGGAGAUUACAAGCAAUCUGUGGAAGGAACUGACCCCAGAACAGAAGAGACCAUUUCUUCAUCUGCAGACAUUAAAACGGAACUGCUGCAGGAUCAGAAGGAAAAGUCAAACAUGGCUCCAGUCCCCAACUCCGAAAUGGAGUUCAGAAGGGUAUCAGUGGAGGACUGCUGUAGAACACAAGAACAGCGAAAGAUUAACAAGAAGGAUAAUAGAGAUGGAGAACAGCCUGAGACCCGAAAUGGAUCAUCUCUCUCGUCCUCCUCAGCAUCCCCCUCCAUGUCAAGCACAGAGACUGAGAAAUCCAAAAAUCACACCUGUUCUGUGUGUGGUAAAAGCUUCCACUUACUGUCUCAGCUUAGGAAGCAUCAAGAUGUCCACACAGGUGAGGGGCCACACUCCUGCGCCUUGUGUGGUAAGUGUUUUACUGAAAAGGGAAAUCUCAAGCGACACCAGCUUCAGCACACCGGGGAAAAGCCGUACCACUGCACUCAGUGUGGCCAUAGUUUCCGACAAGAAGCACAUCUCAAAGAACAUCAGCGCAUUCACACAGGAGAGAGGCCAUACCACUGCACUCUGUGUGACAAGAGUUUCACUUCAAAGGGAAAUCUCAAUGUACAUAAGCGCACCCAUACAAAACAGAGGCCGUACCACUGUGCUGACUGUGGCAACAGUUUCAUUUGCCAUAACGACCUCAGGAAACACCAGCGCAUUCACACAGGAGAGAGGCCGUACCCCUGCGCUCAGUGUGACCAGAGUUUCACCAGGCCAUCUCAUCUCAGGCGACACCAGCGCACUCACACAGGAGAGAGGCUGUAUCACUGUACUCAUUGUGGCAAGAAUUUGUCCACUCUUGAAUAUCUGAAAAUACACCAGAAGAAACACACUGAACAAAUGUAGGAUGAUUCUAAGAGUCCUGAGAGGGCACCUCCUCAUGUAACACAUUGACAUGAUAUUUAAUGAUCAUUGUUAUCCAUUUUGUCAUCAAUGUAGUACAAAUUAACCAAAUGUGUGGUUUGUAUCUCAAUUGGUUUUGGUAAAAAUGUGUCGCCUGCUAUCUCUAUUAAUUGGCUGGUUCAGUCUUGUAUAAGUUGUCACCUUUUAACUCGCACCCGAAAUUGUUGUGAGAUUUGAUUUGGUUCUCACUACUACUCUCAGUCUUGUAUACAGUAGCCUUGGCAACUAAAAUGAAUGAAAUGCAGCUACUGUUGUUAGUGGAAAAUCAUUGGACCACAGCAGCUUUUAAAAUGGAUAUAAAUUGUGAUUACUAUUAUCUGUACAUUCAAUUUAUCCUGUUGCUAAUAAACCAUUAAGGAAUCCUUUAUUUAA